UGUCAAUGUUGAAUGUAGACUGUAGUCAAGUCGCAAAAUAUGUCAGCAUAAAUAUUGAUAAGUUGUGAAUCUAUUGUGGUUUAUUAAUUGGAUCAAAUUUGAUAAAUAUGUAGUUAAUAUCAAACUGGGAAUUAUUAUAAAAUUCUCUGGUACCGGAGGAGGUCUCUGUUCAAAUACAAAAUGCAAAACCUAGGAUUAUAUUUUAGACACUACCGUCUUCUCUGCUUUGCCCAAAAUUUAAUACAGAAGAACACUUUAAAUUAUAGUACAGCAUAUGGUAGCAUAGAUGUGUUUUCUUAUCAAAUAAUUUCAGAUGGAUAUUCCAAAAAUGACCUAAAAUCAUUAAGACCAACAAGCAACCUUAUAAAUGAUGUUACUAAAAGACACUUCACUGUGGCUGAAAAUAAAAAUUCUGUUGAUUUAUCGAAAUUAUCAGCACAAGAAUUAGACAAUAUGCUGUUAGAACUUCACAAAUUAAACAAGGAUAAGGAAUUACUUCAAUGUAUAAGUGAAUGCUUGAAUAAGAAAGUUAUGAUAGGAAAAGAUGUCAUAAAAAAGCUUUUCAGAGAUUACAGUUUUAAUGGAAAAGUUAAUUCAGUUGAGCAUCUGCGAACAUAUAGUUCUAAAGUUACACCAGCAUUGUAUGAGAAAAAUGGCGAAUUUUUACAUUAUUCUGCUAAAGUUUAUUGCAUGAAAGGGAAUUCACAAAAAGGUCUCUCUAUUUUAAAUGAUGCUUAUAAGAAACACAAAAACUUAAGAGCAUUUUACAGGAUAAUAUUGAAAGAAUUAAUUCAUGAUUCUGUUAUGAACAGGUCAGAGGCAUCAAUGGUUACUUUUAAGAAAUAUGUACUUGAGUUAAGUAACACAUGGAAUGAUAGUUACCCCCUUGUGUGUUUUUGGCAUGCAUGCUGGAAAAGUGACUGGUUUUCAGAUCAGAUGCUGGCUAAUGAAUUAUUGGAAGUAUCUGAAAGCCUUCAAAAUAUUAUUAAAGAAAUGGCAUCAACUCUGUGUCUGACUGUUUUAAAAGAAUAUAAUGAAGAUGCUGUAACAAGACUCCUACAGACCUUACUCAAAUACAAGAUGAUGAAUGAGUAUACUCAAGUUUUACAUAUUUUCUUCAAUUUUAAAUUAAAGAACAAAGACAUCAGAGGGUGUAUGGAGAUCCUGCGAAAUUGUGAAGCUUUAGGCGUAACAUUACCGACAUACCUUCAGAGACAAUUCAUAAAAAUAUUAAUUGGAAGAAAAGAUACGGAUAAGCCGAUACCAACGAAAACAGAUUUCAAACUGAAGUUUUAAGUAAUACAGUUAACAAUUAUUAUUGUAGAAAUGUUGUACAUUUGUAAGUAGAUUUGUACUUACUUGUAGAUAGAAUAAAGUAUUUUUAUGAGUA